AUGAAGAACCAAUUUUGUUCAAAGACUUUUCUUCUCAUCUUCCUUGUUGUAGUCACACACUGGAUGACUAUUGAAGCCAAAACUUGCAAUCCCAGUGGGAAAAUAAGAGGGAAAAAGCCUCCUCCAGGACAAUGCAACCAAGAAAAUGACUCUGAUUGCUGCAAGCAAGGCAAAUCUUAUACUACCUACGAGUGCUCACCAAGAGUGUCAGGCAAAACCAAGGCAGUUUUGACAAUCAACAGCUUUGAGAAGGGUGGAGAUGGCGGAGGACCCUCAGAAUGCGACAACAAUUACCACUCAGACGACACUCCGGUGGUGGCAUUGUCCACUGGCUGGUUCAACAAUAUGCAGAGAUGUCUUCAGAACAUAACCAUAUAUGGUAAUGGGAGAAGUGUGAGUGCAAUGGUUGUGGAUGAGUGUGAUUCAACAGCAGGGUGUGAUGCUGAUCAUGAUUAUCAGCCUCCUUGUCCUAAUAACAUUGUUGAUGCUUCUAAAGCUGUUUGGAAGGCAUUAGGAGUCUCCAAAGGUGACUGGGGCGAAUUGGAUAUUUACUGGUCUCAAAGAUGCAAUCCCAGUGGGAAAAUGAGAGGCAAAAAGCCACCUCCAGGAAAAUGCAACCCUGAAAAUCAAUCAGAAUGCUGCAAAAAGGGCCAGUCCUAUACUACCUACGAGUGCUCACCAAGGGUGUCUCGCCACACUAAGGCAGUUCUGACAAUCAACAGCUUCCAGAAGGGUGGUGAUGGCGGCGGGAAAUCAGCAUGUGACAACAAGUUUCACUCGGACAACAUUCCGGUGGUGGCCUUAUCCACAGGAUGGUUCAAUAAAGGGCACAGGUGUUUACAGAACAUAACCAUACAUGGUAAUGGGAGAAGUGUGAGUGCAAUGGUUGUGGAUGAGUGUGAUUCAACAGUAGGGUGUGAUGAGAUUCAUGAUUAUCAGCCCCCAUGUCCUAAUAACAUUGUUGAUGCUUCUAAAGCCGUUUGGAAGGCAUUAGGAGUCCCCAAACAUAAACGGGGUGAACUUGAUAUCUUCUGGUCUGAAGAUUGAUUUUCCUUUUCCUAUGUAUGCUAAUAGUUAUUGUUAUUAAAUAAGCAAAAUGGGAAUGCAUGCAGAAAGGUUGAAUAGUUAAUCUCAUAAUUGUUAUUAGACAGGGUCAUAAUUAUUCUCCUAAUCUUUAAUGAAUCAUGUUAUUGAUUAAUUUGUAUCUAUGUGUGUAUUUCUAAUAUUAUUACUAAUAAAGCUAUGUU